AUGAGGAUACAAGUAUUUACUCCCAAGGGCGAGAAAGUAGUAGUAGAGGUUGAUCCAAAUGACACAAUCAGUGAUGUCCAAGCCAAGGUGGAAGCUGAAGCAGGUCUCGACAGAGACACCCAACGGUUUACGAUACAUGGCGAGCGAAAUGUGUUCCAGGAGCCCAUGAAUAUAUACGUCCGCGACACCACGGGGCGAAAAUUCCUAGUUGAUAACGUGCAACCUUUGGAUAGCGUCGGUGACAUAAAGAAAAGGAUAGAAUAUCAAGAAGCCAUACCAGCAAAGGAUCAGUACAUGUUGUUUGGGCAAACGGCUCUGAAUGACAAUUCGCAGACCCUUUUCGAUUAUGGAAUCAAGCACAAGUCAAUUAUCGACCUUGAGCCCAUGACCAUAUUCAUCAAGACAAUCAAGGGCGAUAUAUUUGAGCUGAUGGUCGAACCAAAGGACACAGUUGCUGAUAUCAAAAGGCAAAUAUUUGAACAAAAGGCCGUUCCGUUGGAUGAGAUCAUCCUUACUGCCGAUGGCGAGUCUCUCACUAACAACUCCAAGCUUUCUGACUGUGGAAUUAAACAUCGCGAUACUCUGGUUUUGAACCCACUUACAAUACUCGUUAAGGAUGGUACCAACAAAGGCCAAGGAAAAAUGUAUACCUUUGUAUACGAAGCAACCGACGCAAUUGAGGACAUCAAGAAUACAAUUGUGGAUGUUAUUGGGAUUCCAAUGCACGAACAGCUGUUAUCGUUUGAAGGAGAAAUGCUGAUUAAAAACGGCAGGACUUUGAGGGAGUGUGGUUUGAAGCAUCAAUCGAUGCUGGAUCUUGAACAGAUGAAGAUCCGAAUCAAGACAUUCCAAGGCGACAAAUUCAAGCUGGACGUUGAACAAACGGAUACUGUACAAAGCAUCAAAGAGAGAGUUAUGGAAAAGAAGGGAAUCCCAUUGAAAGAUCAAAUCUUGAUGUUUUUUGAGGAUCGCCUCGAUGAUACGGACAAGACACUUGUAGAUUGUGGAAUUCAGCACAAUGACAAACUGGAAGUCGAAGAACAUAUGAAGGUCAUCGUCCAAGAUGAUACUAAUAAUGGAGGCGGUAAGACGUACGUAUUCUAUACCGAAGAAACUUAUCCCAUGAGCAAGAUUUCGGCAAUGAUUGCAGACGAAGUUGGCAUUCCCGAGGGCGACCAACUGCUCUCAUAUAGCGAGUCAAUGAUCAAUGAGGAUUCCAUGAAUACAACGUUAAAGGAUUAUGGAAUCAAGCACAAAUCUACUAUCCAUUUGGUCCAAAUGAUGAUCAAUAUCCAAACAUUCCAAGGUGACACGUUCGAUUUGCCAGUUGAACCAACUGAUUCAUUGCAAAGCAUUAAGGACAGAAUAUUAGAAAUGAAAGGCAUUCCAUUGGUCGACCAAAUCCCAUUAUUCAAUAACAAGCGCCUCGGUGAUAUGGACCAGACUCUUCUGGACUGCGGCAUCUAUCAUCUCGACGGAAUUGUGGUCGAAGAACAUAUGAAGGUUAUUGUCCAAGAUGACACCAAGAAUGGAGGCGGCAAGACUUAUGUAUUGUACACAGAGGAAACUUAUCCCAUCAGCAAGAUAUCCGAGAUGAUAGUAGAAGAAGUAGGAAUUUCUAGGGAUGAUCAAAUCCUCUCUUACCAGCAGUCAUUACUCGAUGACCAGGACAUGGGAACCACCUUAAAGAAUUAUGGUAUCAAGCACAAGUCGACUAUUCACUUAGUCCAGAUGAUUGUCCACGUCACAACAUUCCAAGGAGACGAAUUCGAUUUGUCGGUUGAACUAACAGAUACGCUGCAAAGCAUCAAGGACCGAGUAUUGGAAAUGAAGGGCAUUCCAAUGAAAGAUCAAAUUCUUUGGUACGACGAUAAGCGUCAGGAUGAUACAAAGCCCACACUUUUGGAUUGCGGGGUUGCACAUCUGGAUAAAUUCGUCAUCGAAGAGCAUAUGAAGGUGUUCGUGAAGGAUGAUACGAGAAACGGUGGUGGUGAAGUUUAUACAUUCUAUACAGAAGAGACUGAUCCUAUCGACAAAAUUGCGCAAAUGAUUGUCGAUGAAUUGGGCAUUCCGAAGGAGACGCAGCUGCUUUCGUUCAAGGAUUCUUUGAUCGAGGAUAAGGAUAUGGGUAUGUCAUUGAAGGAAUAUGGUAUCGAACACAAGUCAAAAAUCCAUGCGCUUCAGAUGAAAAUCAAAGUCAACACUUUUCAAGGUGACAAAUUCAAGAUGGACGUGGAACGAACAGAUACACUGCAAAGCAUCAAGGAGAGAAUUAUGGAGAAGAAGGAAAUUCCAUUGAAAGACCAACUCGUUUUCUUCAACGGAGACCGUCUUGAUGAUACAAGCCUGACUCUUGUAGACUGUGGUAUCGAACACAAUGACAAACUUGUCAUCGAGGAGCAUAUGAAGAUUAUUGUCCAGGAUGACACCAAGAAUGGAGGUGGCAAGACUUACCUGUUCUACACGGAAGAAACUUUUCCCAUUAGCAAGAUUGCGGAGAUGAUAGUCGGUGAAGUGGGCAUUCCGAGAGACGAUCAAAUCUUAUCGUACGAGGACUCUUUGAUCUUUGAGAAAGACAUGGAUUCAACACUGAAGAAUUACGGCAUCAAACACAAGUCGACUAUUCGCUUGGUGCAGAUGAUUGUCAGCAUCAAAACAUUUCAAGGCGACACAUUUGAUUUGUCAGUCGAACCGACCGAUAGUCUACAGAGCAUCAAGGACCGAGUAUUGGAAAUGAAGGGCAUUCCAUUGAAAGACCAACUUUUAUGGUUCAAUGGCAACCGCCUCGAUGACACAGACAGGACGCUUUUGGACUGUGGGAUUGAACAUUUAGACAAGUUGGUAAUAGAGGAACAUAUGAAGGUUCUUGUCAAAAAUGAUACCAAGAAUGGAGGCGGCAAGGUCUACACCUUUUACACCGAAGAGACUUAUCCAAUCAGCAAGAUUACAAAAAUGAUAGCAGAUGAAGUGGGUAUUCCCAAGGGUGAUCAGCUGUUAUCGUAUCAAGAAUCUUUGAUUUCGGAGGAAGAUAUGGGUACAACACUGAAAGAUUAUGGAAUAAAGCACAAGUCGACCAUUCACGCGAUCCAAAUGCAAAUAAAAAUUAACACAUUCCAGGGUGACAAAUUCAAUAUGGACGUGGAGAAAACCGAUAAGGUGAAGGAUAUCAAGGAUCGAAUAAAGGAAAUGAAGGGCAUUCCUUUGAAGGAUCAGAUUUUGUGGUACGGCGACGAGCGUCUCAGUGAUAAGACCCUGUCGCUUACAGACUGCGGAAUCCAUCAUAUGGAUACAGUAAAGGUCGAGGAACACAUGAAGAUUACUGUCCAAGAUGAUACCAAAAACGGGGGCGGGAAGACUUAUCUGUUCUAUACAGAGGAGAGUGAUGCAAUCAGCAAGAUUGCAAUGAUGAUAUCGGCUGAAGUGGGAAUUCCGAAGGAAAUACAGCUUCUAUCCUACGAGGAGUCGCUUAUCGGUAUCAAAGAUAUGGGUACAACAUUGAAGGAUUACGGUAUCAAGCACAAAACGACGAUUCACGCAAUCCAAAUGACGGUUGCCGUCAAGACAUUUCAAGGCGAUAAAUUCGACUUUGAAGUUGAGCAGACUGAUACGCUACAAAGCAUCAAAGACCGAGUACUUGAUAUGACUGACAUUCCUCUUAUUGACCAAGUCUUAUUCUUCGACGAGAAGCGUCUCGACGAUAUGAAUCAGACACUUGUAGGAUGCGGAAUUCAGCACCUUGACAAACUCAUAAUCGAAGAGCAUAUGAAGAUCAAUGUCCAAGAUGAUACCAAAAAGGGGGACGGUAAAGUAUAUAUGUUUUAUACACAGGAAACUUUCCCAAUUAGCAAGGUUAUGGACAUGAUCGCAGAUGAAGUAGGGAUUCCCAAGAAGAAGCAGCUUUUGUCAUAUGACGAGACAUUAAUCUACGAUAAAGACGUUGGUACAUCGUUGAAGGAUUAUGGUAUCAAGCACCAGUCGACUAUCCAUUUGGUUCAAAUGAUGAUUACCGUCAAGACCUUCCAGGGUGACACCUUCAUGAUGACUGUCGAUCCGAGUGACAAGUGUCAACGCAUCAAGCAGAAGGUGAAGGAUAUGAAAGAUAUUCCUUUGAACGACCAAAUUUUGAUAUUCAACGAUCGACGGUGUAGUGACAUGGACUCAUUUAAAAUCUGUGGUAUCAAACAUGGUGACACUGUCUUCAUCGCCCAAGCGAUGAAGGUGAACAUCCAAGAUGACACGAGAGGAGCAAACGGCAAGAUUUACACCUUCUACAUGGAGGAAAACGAUAUUAUCCACGAUGUUGCCAUGUUGAUCCAAGACAAGAUUGGGAUCGAGAAAGAUAAGCAACGUAUGACAUUCAAUGAUGAGAAGCUUGAGGAAGAAGACAAGUCUCUGAAAGAUUGCGGUAUCAAGCAUGACGAUACUAUUCAUGUCAAGAAAUCAUAUAUUCCAGUCGACUGGAAGAAGACUGUGGAAGAGAAGUAUGGAAAGGUCAAGGUGACAACGUACAAUGUCGAUUACACUCUAGACAAAGGAGUCAUUGCGGGAAUCAAAGAUGAAAAAGAGGUGGAAAUUGAUAUAACAGGGCGAAGGAAAAGUGAAAUGGUGCAGCAGCAAAUGGAUUUUAUGGCAAAGAGUCCUUCAAAGUAUAGGAAGUCAAUGAUGACGAAUCAGGAAUUUUUGGAUGAAAUGGCAAGUCCGAAAAAGACUCCGACAAAGAACCGUCAGUCAAUGAUGCCCAUAGCAAACGCAGGAUUGUUGGAGGAAACGGCAACUCCAAAAAAGACCCCGACAAAGAGCCGGCAGUCAAUGAUGCCCAUAGCAAGUGCAGGGUUGCUGGAGGAAACGGCGACUCCGAAAAAGACCCCGAAAAAGAACAAGAAGGCCAAGUCAAUCAUGACGGACACAGUCCUUUUGGAGGAAACGGAUGUAUUGGAGGAAAUGGCAAGUCCGAAAAAGACCCCGAAAAAGAAGAGCAAGAAAGCCAAGUCAAUGAUGACGGGCACAGCCCUUUUGGAGGAUUCGGAUAUUUUGGAGGAAACAGCAACUCCGAAAAAGAAGAAGAAGAAAAAGAAGGCAGCGUCAGUUAUACUGGAAGAAUCAUAA